UUUACUAUCUACGACUUUAUCACUUCUAGAACUCCCAAUAGACGAGCGUUUUUCUGUGCACCAUCCCUGAGUGCAGUAUCAAAUGUCUUCACCCUUCCUCUGGAACUCAACGUGUGGUAUGCUUCCUAUGCAUUAUUGGCGAUUAUUCUGGUGACCAUUUUCUGUAUCGUCAAAGUGGAGUGGCGCUUCCCGGACAUGGUAUCCAACAAAUAUCGUAUCAUGUAUCCGAGAAUGGUAGAUGUGAUUCACAUGCAUAUUUCUGCAAUCGCCCAGCAGGGUAGUGAGGCAGAGCCAAUAAGCGGCGGCGGUCGAAUCGCCACUUUUCUGGUGUUUCUAUUUAUUUUGUUCCUAUACACAGCAUAUUUGGCGAAUAUUGUUGCAUUGCUAGGUGGUACCACAAAACGAAUUCAUGGUGUGACCGAUCUCAAAGACUUCAAUGUGAAAUUAGGCGUAGACAAAGCAGAUUUUUCCAGGGAUAUCUUCAAGGAGCAAGACUCAAUGGAUCACCAAGAACUCUUCCGAGAAAAACUCGCCAAAGACGAAUACUAUAUGUCAUUGGACGAAGGCAUCAAUCGCAUUCGAAGUGAAUUCUUCGCGUUCCACGGGAACAGCGAUAAGAUCUACAAGAUGAUCGACAAGCUGUACGCGGACAACGAAAAGUGCGGGUUUGUGGAGAUACCGUACCUUACUGAGCCUCACCUGCUGAUUGCAAUUCGGAAAGAUUCAACGGUCAAGGAAAUUAUUAAAAUAGGAUUGGCGUUGUUUUUCGAACGUGGUAUGCACCACAGAGUGAAAAGUAUUAUUUUCGCUAAACAACCUCAAUGUUACGCUGGGGGUACCAAUUUUGUAACUGUCUCCUUACUAGAUUGUUACUUUGCUUUCGUCAUCUACAGUGGUGGUACUGCAAUGUCCAUUCUAAUCUUCCUAGUGGAGAUUUUGGUGUCCCGCAAUCGAGUUUCGCGUAAAGUUGAUCAAAUUGAAGGUGAACUGCAGAUGCAGAAAUCUGUAAUUGAUCCUUAG